ACCUCAGGACACCUGCCCCACCCAUACAUAAUUAGCUAGCUGAGCUGUUACAGUUUAGCUCAAAUUAAAAACUAAAGAGAGGCCUUCUUUAUAGUUAAGUUAUGACGGAAUCAAGCCCUCCCAAGGAUCUGGAUAUCUUUGGAAAAGAGCUAGGACUUACCUCUGCGGAGCGCAGUGUGCUGGUUGGAGCUGGAGAGAUAUUUUUGAGAAAAGUUUUGCAAGUAGACACAUUUUCAAAGAAAGGAGACCCCACUGAGCCCAAGACACUGGUGAUCACCAACAGCAGAUGCUACAUCCUCUCCCAUAGACCAGCUGUUAAGCUGGAGAUCAGCUUCAACUUUCUCAAGAUUCAACUACUAGAAUGUACUGAAUCAAAGCUUACAUUCCAACUUCCGGGUGAGAAACCACGAGAAUUCCACUCAACUAGGCGUGACUCAGUGGAGAUCAUUGGACUAAUCACAGCCCAGCUCAAGAAUGUGUUUCCUAUUACUCAAUUAGAGAUGGUGUUGAAGUUGACCUUUGACCCUGACUCACUUCGGUCAGAGGUGACGUCACUACGAGACAGUCUUCUCUCAGCAAUGGAUCGUAGUGAUGCCUCUAGUCUGCAAGGCUUUAUCACCUCUUAUGCCUUCCUCAGUGACUUCUUUGGUGUGUCCUUCAGCAGUGAAGUAGUUUGGUAUUUGAAGAACGUGUACCUGGCUCAUGGUUUUCGAGACCUCAAUUUGUCUGACUUCAAUCACCUCUCCACCAGAGAUCUCCUUCCAGUUUUGAGCACGCUCAGGCACAACGAGUUUUUUGAGGGUAUUAUUGUUAGAAAUGACAGACUGCCUGCUGAACUAGUUGAAGAGCUUUGCUAUGUAAUCAACGUGUCUCGAGCUAUUAAGAAGAUUGUUCUUCGCAAUGCAUCUCUUAGACCUGAGAAUCUCGUGAGAAUGUCUGUUGCUCUGAAGAACAACCCUCGGUCAGCAAUAGUUCAUUUGGACCUAUCUGACAACAACUUUGAUGACAAAUCUAUUGAGUCACUGGGCAGUGCUUUAGAUAACCUCCCACACGGACUCCAACAUAUUGUGUUAGCCAACUGCAAGAUUUCCAACAGAGGUGGAUCAAUGCUGGCACAGUCGUUGAAACAAAACAAGCACAUGGAAUACUCCCUUGUGCACUUUGACCUAUCUAGCAAUCCUCUUGGCCCUGACCCACUGGGUGCCCUGGCCUUUAUCCAGGAGCCACAAACUAUCUCCCACCUCAACCUCUCUGGGUGUGGCCUAACUCUGGACUCAGUCGUUCAGGUUUUGAUCAGAGGUUGUCAACAACAUCUUAGAACGCUGGACCUGUCCCACAACAGUGGUAAAGGCAAGAAAGGUGUACUGUCUGCCGGUGUGGCCGCAAAACUGCAACAGUUCUGCAGCUCGUGCAUUGCCAUCAGUAACAUCGACCUAACUGAUUGCAGGCUCACCAAUGAAAUUGUCUCUGCCAUACUGGAAGGCCUUUCAGUUAAUCCCAAUGUGACUUCUGUUAACUUGAACGUAUCGUCCAAUGACCUGGGUUGCGGCCAUGACCCUGGAGUAAUGGCCAAAGUUAUCUCUCGAACCCAGUGUCUACACAAACUCGAUAUCUCUGACUGUGGUCUGGAUCAGUGUCUGCCAAUCAUCAUAGAGUCCGUUGCUGGAAACAGUAAGCUCAGGCAUGUGGCACUUGGCAGGAACUUCAGUGGCAAGCAAAUAGUUCGUGCGGAUGCCAUGGACAAACUGUGCUUCCUUCUUAAGAAGGACGACUGUCACUUGUCAUCGUUGAGUGUGCAGGACUCCAAACUGAAAGACCUUACCUUUGCCCUUCUUACAGCUGUCUCAGACAACACAUCAUUACUUAAGCUCAACAUCAGUGGCAAUCAGAUGGGUAACCAUGGAGCUCGUUACCUUGCAAAGGUCCUACUCACAAACUAUCAUCUUCGUGAGGUCAGCUGGGACCACAAUGAUACUUCUCUGUGCGGACUGCAGGACGUCAUCUCUGCUCUCAAACACAACUACACUCUGCGUGUGAUGCCCCUCCCCCUGGCAGACAUUGGCCGAGCUGGCAAAGAGACUGAAAAAAUUGUGCAGGAGAUCCAGCUGCUCCUUUGUAGGAAUCAUUCUGAUGAAAGAUUAAAGGUCGAGCUCGCAGCCAGACACAGAGGUAGACUGCUUACGGCUACACAGCAGAGUUCUGUUGUGAGUCGUGAGCUGGUACAGCUGGAGGACCUUUUGCAGUGGGCAGAAUCUGCCCACGGGACCUCCCAUGACAAUGUAAAGGAGGCCACUCAAGUCAAAAGUGAAGCCAACAACGUCCUCAAGCUUACGGAUGGACUGUACAACCCUCAAGUUGAGUCUGAUCAGUUACAAGCCAUCUCAACACAAGUGAAAAUCCUACUUGAGUCCUUCAUGGAUCAAGUCUACACUGAGCAUAUCAAGGCCACAUCGGACCGUAUGGUGGAGCAAACCUUGAGAGCAUGUCCCUCCCUCCUGACUGAUGAAGCUAAAACAAUGAUACGGGGUAUGGUGCUCUCUAGCUCUGUUUCCUCGGACUUCACAUACGCCAAAAAAGCUGUAACGAAGAAAUCUGCUCCGGAGGUUGUGAGUCAUGUCAGUGCUAUCAACCUGGAUGUGGCUGCCAACAUUACGGAGCUGAUUGUAGAGCAAACAUUGGUGAAGUUGGACAAAGCUAAUCUCAAACUGAUGAAGAUGCACAAAGAUGCUCGUGCCAGCAGUGCCACUCCUGAUACAAAGGUCUCACGAAACUUUACAUUCCGUGUGGAACAGAACACUCCCAUUACUAAGAAAAAGAGAGCUCGUCGUCCUGACCCUGACGAUAUUAAUGAGGAGGAACAAGUUGAUCUUCCCAGCGAGCCUCUAGUGGCCGUGGGUCCUGCUCUCCAACAUCUUGGCAAGACUAGACCUAAGCCUGCGCGCAUGCAGCGAGGAGGGAAAUCACGACCGACUGUCAAACCAAGUCCCAAUUUAAACACCCCAACAGCUGUUCAAGAAGAGGGACCCACGGAGGAACAACAGUCUCCUCCACAGUCGAAGUCCCCUCUCCUCCCACCAUCAGCAUUGACUCGAACCCCUUCUCCACAGGACCAGCCAGAGCGUACUAAUAUUGAGGCUGCUGAUGAAAAAGAACAUAGUCCUCCACCUACUGAAGCUAAAGCACCUGCAGAAGAUGAACAUCUAGAGGCUUCAACAGAGGAAAAACCUGCAACUCCUAAAGCAUCCCCAAAACCUUCCCCUCGUCCACGGCCACCUAAGACUGAUCCUAGCAAGGAAGAUGAUACAUGUACAUCUGCCGAGGCUGAACCAGAUAAAUUAUCUGCAACCUCCCCGGAUGAGUCUCCUUCAACACCUGAACUUCCAGCUUCCACUUCCUCCGACCCAGAUACUGCUGGUUCAUCUGAUGACAAACCAAAUGAGGAUGACAAACCAGUUAUCAAAGAAACGUCUCCGGAGCCAGAUAAAACAGAGGAUACUCCUGCUGAUUCAUCACUGCCCCAAGAGCCAGCAGUACCAACAGAAGCAGAAACUACAAAAUCACAAGAACAAAACUUGCAACCAUCCUCCACAGACAGUAAUACACCUACACUACCUGAGAAACUUGACAGUCCUCCAAUUGGUGAGAUGUCUGCUACUCCACCUGUUGAAGAAACUCCGACAAUCCCUUUUCCUAAAGAAGAACCCAAAAAUACUGAAACGGACAAGCACAAGCAACCUUCAAAUCCUCUGCCUGUGACAGAGAGCACUUCAAAGCUACAAUCACUGAGUGUGAGUGAAGAUGAUCACAAGCAAGUCAAUCAGCUACCACCUUCAGAGCCAAAGAUUAUCCUUCCAAUGAGCCCAAUUGCAUCCAAGCCUCCUGACAGUGCUUCUGGUGAGUCCUCACGAGAGGAAGUAGUCACUCCCCCCAAAAUGGAGAGAACACCAAGCCCAAACCAGACCGUGGAGGAAAGAAGUGGCUCUGCUGAUGGCAAGAAAACAAAAGAACGAAAAAGACAUGGGCUCUCAAAAAUCUUUAGUAAAAAGUCAAAACCUGAAGAAAAACCCACACCAGCUCAAGAACCAGUAGUGACAACAUCUCGUCAAAGUGGAGACUGGGAGGUUUUAGAGAGUAAACCAAACAGUGAGUCUCUAACAGUCAAAGAGAAACCACCUGCUACAAAAGGAAAGCCUGCUGUCAAACCCAAGCAACGACCACAACCUACUGAAACAGAAAAUACCUCGACAGUUGCUCCUGAACCAACACCAAUGAAGAGGCUGCCUGGUGGAGUGCAAAUGCCCAAUGUUAACAUGGACGAGUUAGCCAAUGCAUUUGGAAAGAAAAAGCCGAAGGUACCCCCGCCAACAGCGGAGAAACCAGCUGGUGGCUCACCUAAACCAGAGCGCAGGACAACAAUGGAUCCACCAGCUCCUAGACCACGUCCGAAACCACGCACUAUAAGGAAACCUGCUGAAAAUCAGAAUGUCGAGCCUGCCACUUCAGAGCCCAAUACAGACACCUUAGACUCCUUAGUGUAAUGAUAACAAAAAAUAAUUUUGUGUAACUUUUGUAAGAUCUUUUAUAGUGUGUGCACUCUUUUAUAAACAUGGUGAUGUUAGUGAAUUAUUUGUUUUUGAGUAAUCAUUUAUGAUGUUAUUAUAGUUAUUAACUUAAACCUG